GGCUGUCGCAUGUUGCGCACACGCACGGCACGGCAGCUCGCAGAUGUGGACGCGGCCGGGUAAUUUCUGUCGCGGACCUGCUGCCUCCCUUGUUUCCAAUCUCUAGGUCCCAAGAGGCUGGUGCGGGGUGCCGAGAAUCCCUCGGCUUUCCCCUCGUCUUCCCUCCCGCUCAUCGUCGCACUUCUUUUUUAUUCGCGCACCCAUUGGUCCUCCUUUUUUUUUUUCACUUGACGUACGUUGGAAGGAACAUGUAGGUGCCUUCAUUGCGGUGCGUUGGACUACCUACCCAAGGUACUGUGCGCUUUGUGUUACGAAACCACAGGCUCCCUUUAUUCAAUUGGGUCGCGUUGCUGCCUGCCGAACCCCAAGCUUGGUCAUACCUCCAUUUCUGCUUCGAGAUUUCUUUCCGUCGCACCGUCAUCCUGCGUCCUGUUCACGCCAUUCAAGGCUCGCUCAAGGCUCGAGCUCGUGCCCCCGCCCAAGCUUGCACUGCGGUUGCGGUGCCUUGGCACAAUUGAGUCAAGGGCAAAGCUAGCAGCGGGUUGAUUGUCUGUCCUUUGUCGCCUUCCACAGACAACGCUGGUCGUGGGAUGCGUCAAAUGACAUAGCUCGAGAGGGUUUCCUCCUUUGCUUCCUGCCGAAGCCUCCCUCGAAGCCCACCCAAUCGCCAUGUCGAUGUGCCUGAUGCGCACCGGCCUGGGCCAUCAUGGUCAUGGGCACGCCCUCUCGCUGGCGCUUGCGAGGCACGCCAGGCAUGGUGGCCAGUUAGGAAUGCUGGGUGGCUCUGCGGCCUUAUCCUUUGGUGGUCUAGCUCGCGCUCAGCGAAAAUGGCACAACACGAGCAAAUGCCUUGGGUCCGCCUCAUCGCUGCCGCUAGCUUUGGCGAAGACGACAACGUGCUGCCGACAACCGCAGCAGCAACAGCUCAUCCGCCAUGCUUCGGUCCUGUCCGUAAUCCCCACUCCCCUCGGCCAGGUGGCCACGGCUACGUACUCCACCAAGGCGCUGCCGCCGACCACGCCCUACGGCCAGCUCGCCGUUGGCGUCCCCAAGGAGACCUACAGUAACGAGCGCAGGGUGGCUCUGACCCCACAGAACGUCGCUCUCUUGCUCAAGAAAGGCUUCAAGCGUGUGCUCGUUGAGCGCGGCGCUGGGGCCCUUGCCGACUUCCCCGAUGAGGCCUACGACAAGGCCGGAGCGGAGCUGGUGGACGCCGGCAAGGUCUGGGCCGAUUCCGAUAUCGUGCUCAAGGUGCGCGGCCCAAACAUACCCGAGGUGGACUCCAUGAAGGCUGGCCAGACGCUCGUCUCGUUCCUCCAGCCGGCGCAGAACAAGGAGCUAGUGCAAAAGCUGGCCGCGAAGAAGACGACGUCAUUCGCCAUGGACAUGAUCCCGCGUAUCUCGCGCGCCCAGGUCUUUGACGCGCUCAGCUCCAUGGCCAACAUUGCCGGCUACAAGGCCGUGCUGGAGGCGUCCAACAACUUUGGCCGCUUCUUGACGGGCCAGGUCACAGCCGCUGGCAAGAUCCCCCCCUGCAAGGUGCUCGUUGUGGGCGCCGGCGUGGCGGGCCUCAGCGCCAUCGCGACAGCCCGCCGCAUGGGCGCUAUCGUGCGGGGUUUCGACACUCGGCCGGCCACCCGCGAGCAGGUCCAGUCGCUGGGCGCCGAGUUCAUCGAGGUCGAAGUCCACGAGGACGGAUCAGGCGCGGGCGGGUACGCCAAGGAGAUGUCCAAGGAGUUCCAGGAGGCCCAGCUGCGCCUGUUUGCGAACCAAGCCCGCGAAGUCGACAUCAUCAUCACGACCGCCCUAAUCCCCGGCAAGCCCGCGCCUCGGCUCAUCACCAAGUCCAUGCUGGAGACCAUGAAGCCUGGGUCGGUGGUUGUGGAUCUGGCGGCCGAGGCUGGCGGCAAUUGCGAGAAGACGGUUCCUGGCGAGAUGGUUACCUAUCGCGACGUCAAAAUCAUUGGAUACACCGACUUGCCCUCACGACUGCCGACCCAGUCAUCGACGCUGUACUCCAACAAUAUCACCAAGUUUCUGCUCACCAUGGCCCCGGUGGAGAAGGAGUUCGGCGUUGAUCUAGGCGACGAAGUCGUGCGUGGCGCCAUUGUGACGCAAAACGGCGACGUCCUCCCGCCAGCUCCCCGGCCCGCGCCACCUCCAGCACCUGCGGCCCCGCAAGUAGUCGCCAAAGAGGCCGAGCCUGUUGCCUUGACGCCGUUUCGGAAGGAAGCUCGAGAGGUCGCGCUCGUUGGAGCCGGUAUGGGUACCGCCCUCGCCCUCGGAAAGCUCACCAGCCCGCUCUUUAUGGGCAACGUCUUCACUUUUGGUCUCGCGAGUCUUAUUGGAUACCGCGCCGUCUGGAACGUCGCGCCCGCGCUUCACAGCCCACUCAUGAGUGUCACCAACGCCAUCUCGGGCAUGGUCGGCAUUGGCGGGCUCUUCGUCCUGGGUGGCGGCUACGUCCCCGAAACCAUCCCACAAAGCUUUGGCGCGCUGUCGGUGCUCCUGGCCUUCGUCAACGUCUCAGGUGGUUUCGUCAUCACGAAGCGGAUGCUGGACAUGUUCAAGCGGCCCACGGACCCCCCAGAGUACCCGUGGCUCUACGCCAUACCUGGAGCUCUGUUUGGUGGCGGAUUCAUCGCUGCUGCGUCGACGGGCGCCGCCGGGCUCGUCCAGGCCGGUUAUCUGGCGAGCUCCAUUCUCUGCAUCAGCUCCCUCUCUAGCCUGGCGUCGCAGGCCACAGCCAGGAUGGGCAACUCGCUCGGCAUCCUCGGUGUCGGCUCGGGAGUCCUGGCGUCCCUGCUGGCUGUUGGCUUCUCCCCCGAGGUCCUGGUCCAGUUUGGUGGCCUCGCCACUAUUGGAAGCAUCAUUGGGCUCCUCAUCGGCAAGCGCAUCACGCCCACCGACCUCCCACAGACCGUCGCCGCCCUCCACUCCGUGGUCGGCCUGGCUGCGGUCCUGACGAGCAUUGGCAGUGUCAUGGCCGAUCUCGAUCAUAUCACGACGCUGCACCUCGUGACUGCCUACCUUGGCGUCCUGAUUGGUGGUGUCACCUUCACGGGCUCCAUCGUCGCCUUCCUUAAGCUUGCUGGCCGGGUAUCCUCCAAGCCUAUCAUGUUCCCAGGAAGACACCUGCUCAACUCGGGCAUGCUGGCUGGCAACAUGGCCACCAUGGGCGCCUUCGUGACCAUGGCCCCUGGCUCCCCGGCAAUCGCCGCUGGAGCCCUGGCCGCCAACACGGCCUUGUCUUUCGCCAAGGGCUUCACCACCACGUCUGCAAUUGGUGGCGCCGACAUGCCCGUCGUCAUCACCGUGCUCAAUGCCUAUAGUGGUUUUGCGCUCGUCGCCGAGGGCUUCAUGCUGGAUAACUCGUUGUUGACCACGGUUGGCGCACUGAUUGGAGUGUCUGGCUCGAUCCUGUCGUACAUUAUGUGCGUGGCAAUGAAUCGGUCUCUUACCAAUGUUCUUUUCGGUGGCAUCGCCCCAGCCCCAGCCGGCGACUUCAAGAUUGAAGGCACCGUGACGCAGACAAACGUUGAAGAGACGGCCGAGGCGCUGACCAACGCCGAGAGCGUCAUCAUCGUGGUGGGCUACGGCAUGGCGGUGGCCAAGGCGCAGUACGCCAUCUCCGAGAUAACGAGCAUGCUGCGGUCCAAGCGGAUCAACGUGCGCUUCGCCAUCCACCCCGUGGCCGGGCGCAUGCCAGGCCAGUGCAACGUGCUUCUGGCCGAGGCCAGCGUGCCCUACGACAUCGUGCUCGAGAUGGACGAGAUCAACGACGACUUUGGCGACACGGACGUGACCCUGGUCAUUGGCGCAAACGACACGGUCAACCCCAUCGCCCUCGAGCCCGGCAGCCCCAUCGCAGGCAUGCCGGUGCUGCACGCGUGGAAGAGCAAGACGGUCAUUGUCAUGAAGCGCGGUCUGGCGAGCGGCUAUGCCGACGUGCCUAACCCCAUGUUCUACAUGCCCGGCACGCGCAUGCUGUUUGGAGAUGCGAAGGUGACCUGCGAUGCCAUCAAGGCGGCCAUCGAGGCCCGCCAGUAGACCGCGGCCAUCUCUGAACGAAGAACACGGAAACAAUUUCCUUUUGAAUCCUGUCACAAAGAAGCACGCCAUCAAAAGCCAAGGUCCAUUGUCUCGCAUUUCCCCGGCGUCUAGACCUUUGGCUUAUCUCGACGGAUGAUUCCUGGCUAGACGUGCAUGUAGGAGUCUACCUACUUCGGGCUCGAUAAACGCAGCAUCGGCUUCCUGCCAUGGAAUGACUGCAUUUUUGUAAAGGAGACGUUGCUAUAUUUUGACGGAACUACCGAAUCAGACUCCGAUUACCACGAGGACACCGACUCUCUCGGGGCUCGCGACUAGUGCUAGUGCGCCCAUACCCCACGGCUUGGCCACGUAGAAGGAAAAAGGCAUAUAAUCGGUGUUCCAUUUCCGUCUUCCCCUCUCAGGCAUGAAAGACUCUUUCUUUGGACUCUAACAAAGGUAUACCCGCACAAAAUCAAGAGACCACUUGCGCCAAAGGCGGCAUGUCUUGAUCUGGGGUUCCUCGAAUGUUCAGACGG